AUGAACUGGGCUAUCUUUGAAGGGCUCCUGAGUGGGGUCAACAAGUACUCCACAGCCUUUGGUCGCAUCUGGCUGUCCCUGGUCUUCAUCUUUCGCGUGUUGGUGUACCUGGUGACGGCUGAGCGAGUGUGGAGUGAUGACCACAAGGAUUUUGACUGCAACACCAAGCAGCCCGGUUGCUCUAACGUCUGCUUUGAUGAGUUCUUCCCCGUGUCUCACGUGCGCCUCUGGGCUUUGCAGCUCAUCCUGGUCACAUGCCCUUCACUUCUGGUGGUGAUGCACGUGGCCUAUCGUGAGGCUCGGGAAAAGAAACACCUAGAGGCAGCCGGGGAGGGCAGCAGGCGCCUUUACCUGGACCCUGGCAAGAAAAGGGGUGGUCUCUGGUGGACAUAUGUCUGCAGCCUAGUGUUCAAGGCUGGUGUGGAUGCCACUUUCCUCUAUGUGUUCCAUUCAUUUUACCCAAAAUAUACCCUCCCUCCUGUGGUUAAAUGCCAUGUGGCUCCAUGUCCCAAUACUGUGGACUGUUUCAUCUCCAAGCCCUCAGAGAAGAACAUCUUCACACUCUUCAUGGUGAUCACAGCUGCCAUCUGCAUCCUGCUCAACCUGGUAGAACUGGCCUACCUAGUGAGCAAGAGGUGUCGUGAGUGUCUGGCAGCCAGGAAAGCCCAGGCCACAUACGUAGGGCAUCACCCAGACUAUGUCACCUCAUCCUGCAAGCAGGAAGACCUCCUCUCAGGUGACCUCAUCUUCCUGGGCUCAGACACUCACCCUCCUCUCUUACCAGACCACCCUAGGGACCACGUGAAGAAAACCGUUCUGUGA